GAGAGUGCUUUAAGGGGAGGGAGCGCGAUGUAAACACACUAAAAGGGUAGCCUUUCGGUUUUUAUUCCUAUUCCUGGACUAUUAUGUACAUUCGGUAUUGCAUAAGGCGUGUGACACACCGUUUUCCCCGUGGACAAACACAAUAUUCCACGUGUGGAUAAGAGGAGUUGAGAGCUGUGUGCCGUUUUCCUGGAGUUCUUCUGGUUGGCCCCAUGCUGUGAGGUUGAAAUGUGGUCAUUUUCAAGCUGACCAAGAAGACAAGAAGAUGAUUCUGCCUUUGGUUCUCUUUUCAUGGACUAUGCAGGAAACAUUCGAUCAUGUUCUUUAUUAGUUUCCCAGAUCUGAAUGGGUGAGACACACUGAUCUAGAAACCCCCUCCAACAAUCUCUCCAUCCCUGGCCUGCAGACUCCUCCCAUCAACGCUGGCUCCCAUAACAUCCGUUGACAUGGCCUCUACCGGCCGGUUGCUGGGUCUGACCGAGCUGGGCCUGAAAUGUGACCAGCAGAUUGAGAGGAGAUAUGAGAUUGUGCCCUCUGUGGUCUGUUCCAUGAGCUGCCUUUUUGGAAUCAUCUACUGCUUCUUUGGCUACAGAUGCUUCAAGGCCGUGCUGUUCCUUACAGGCUUAAUGUUCGGCUCUGUGGUCAUCUUCAUGCUGUGCUACAAGGAGAGAGUGAUGGACACUCAGCUCAGCAUAGAGGCAUCAGUGGGCAUCGGCCUAGGAAUUGGGACUUUGUGCGGCCUGGUGACAAUGUUGGUCCGCAGUGUCGGGCUGUUUAUGGUGGGCUUACUGCUGGGCCUAUUGGUUGGAGUGGCUUCACUGGUGGUCAUGGAGGAAUUUUACCACCCCCGAACAGUGUGGGUUCCUUUGGGAAUCCUUCUGGGUUCUGGAACCCUAUUUGCUGUCCUCACUCUUCAGUGGCAGCGCUGCUUUGUGACCUUUUCGACCGCUACCUUUGGAUCAGCCAUCAUCACCAUCACGGUGGAUUACUUCAUAGAGCUGUUCGCGAUGGUUCACUACGUCUACGAGAGACUCAAGGUAGCGCCCAAAAAGCAAGUCUGCUGGUUCACGUGGGUCAUCAUGGGAGUGUGGCCGGUCCUCGCACUACUUGGCGUGCUGAUUCAGUGGAAAGUCACAGCAGAAGGUUUUUCUCACACAGAGGUGGUUUUAAGUCGACAACAAAGGAGAGUGCAGCUCAUGCGUAUCCGGCAGCGAGAAGAGAGGCUCAAAAAGGAGAACGAGAACAAAAAGAAAAAACAACAGAACCAGAAGAGCAGCCAAAAGCAGAAGGCCAACGGCCGUCACCACCAGCAGUACCACCACCCGGCGACGUCCCACCCCCACCACCCAGCCCGGAGCACGCAGCCCCCGAAAGUCCCUCCCUCCCAGACUGAGCCAGGCUUCCAUCGCAAGCCGAACCCAAAAAAGCGCUUUGAAGGAGAUGUGCUUUCACCGAGCUACAUCCGCAGUUUCAGAGACAGACAAACAGACAGACGAGCGUACUCCCACAGUCGAAUGAUGAGCCGCUCCCGGAUGGCUGAACUCGACUAUGACUGUGGCUCUCAAGUGCCCCUCACAGCGUCUUCUGGAGCGCCAGUUCGUAUCUGAUGCCUCCAAAGGCGUCAAGCAUGGCUCAGAGCGUUAAAGGCUGUGUUCGUAUGGCCUUUAAAAAUCUACAAGAAAACAGAACGGAUUUUAGCUGCAUGCUGAGUCGACUUGUCGACCUAUUGACGCCAGACAAAUAGCAAGAGAGCCUGCAACAAAACUGUCACAUCUUUUAUUUAUCUCUGCUGAAUUUUGGACUUGUGGCCCGUGGGUCACAUGAAUGGCUUUCAGAGAUGUUAAGAUGUUGCCUCUGCUUGAAUAUUUUCCAUGGAGAAGAUUAUAACCAACAAGUGUCCUCACUGAAAGAUGAAAAAAAACAUUUGUUAGCUUUUUAACAGCAGUUUUUAAGAAGUUGUGCGUGUUAACUGCUGGCUGUGUUAUUCAAACCAGCUCUACUCAAUUGCAAAAACAUGUAAGUUCUCGAUAUUUUUUUCUGAAAGAACAACUUCAAUGUAUAUUAUUUUAUGCAGACAUGGCACAGAGAGGGUCAGAUCUACAACCAUUCUCUAAGUGUGGAGUCAUGAAUUACUAAAAAGCUACCAAUUAUAAUUGCAAAAUCCUAAAGCAGCACCACAGUGGUAUCGUUGCCUAGUUCGUUUGUCUCGACAAAUGAUCCUUCCUCUUUUUUUUUUUUUUUUAAUUUAAAUUGCAUGUAUGUGGCCUCUUUCCAAAAGCCAGUUGGCAUCCUGAUGAGUAAUAGCUGUACAAAAUGGAAAAAUGUAGUUUGGCUUGCGUAUGAAUACAUGCUCUGCUCCAUUUUAUUUUCUUCUUUUUAUAUACACAGCUGGCCAAAAGUACUGGCACCUCUGCAAUUCUGUCAGAUAAUGCUCAAUUUCUCCCAGAAAAUGAUUGCAAUUACAGAUGCUUCGGUAGUAAUAUCUUCAUUUAUUUUGUUUGCAAUCUGUUGGCGUCUGAAUGAAAAGGGACUCUAUGGUAGGAUACCCAGGAAGACCUCACUUCUGACCCAGAGACAUAAAAAAGCUUGGAGGGAGUUUGCCAAAAUUUACCUGAGGAAGCCAAAAACCUUUUGGAAGAAUGUUCUCUGGUCAGAUGAGACAAAAGUAGAGCUUUUCGGGUAAAGGCAACAGCAUAGACUUUACAGGGGGAAAAAUGAGGCCUUCAAAGAAAAGGUCCCCACAGUCAAAACAUGGUGGAGGUGCCCUGAUGUUUUGGGGUUGCUUUGCUACCUCUGGCACUGGACUGCUUGACCGUGUGCAUGGCAUUAUGAAGUCUGAAGACUACCAACAAAUUUUGCGGCAUAAUGUAAGGCCCAGUGUGAGAAAGCUGGGUCUCCCUCAGAGGUCACUGGAGACUUCUAAAGUGGCUAGCAAUGAGUCCAGACCUGAAUCCGGUAAAACACCUCUGGAGAGAUCUGAAAAUGGCAGUUUGGAGAAGGCACCCUUCAAAUCAAGAAUGGUCUAAAAUUCCAGCAGACCAUUGUAAGAAACUCAUCGAUGGAUACCGGAAGCGGUUGUUCCGAGAUAUUUUGUCUAAAAGUUGUGCUACCAAGUAUUAGGCUGAGGGUGCCAAUACUUUUGUCCGGCCCAUUUUUGGAGUUUUGUGUAGCAUGAUAAUGUUUUUUUUUUUUCAUUCGCUUUUGUGUUUUUCCAUUGCAAGCAAAAUAAAUGAAGAUAUAACUACCAAAUCAUUAAUUUUCUGGGAGAAAUUGAGCAUUAUCUGACAGAAUUGCAAGGGUGCCAAUACUUUUGGCCAGCAGUGCACACAUACACAAGCAGCAGUUGUGAUAUGCUGGCCCCUAAAAGUGACUGACUGCUCUGAUCAUGUUGUGUUAGGUCAAAGCAGACAACACACAACAGUGAACAUGUAAAGAAAUCAAGUGCUACUGUGUUGGUGGCACACAUGCCUUUUGGCAAGAGAUGGAUUGUACCAAACACUGGUUAAAACAAGGGGUGAGGAUUUCUCUCGCAGUGUAUUAAAAUGUAAUUGUGUGAUGAGUUUUUUGUUUGGUUGGUUUGUUUUUCAAGAAAAUACAGUAAAUGCCGUUAUUCCUAGGCUAAAAUACAUUUAAAACCGUCAAGAUGGUGGCAAAGACAUUGAAAUGUGUUUCUUGAGGGAGCGUGAGAUGUGAUCAAUUGCAAUGGCGCCCUCUAACGUUUACAAAUGGACUCUCCUUGUACAUUACUAUGGGACUUCUGUCUUCUUGCGAUGGACAUCCAGAAAGCAGCAUUUUUAUGGUAUUAUUUGAACUUUGUACUUAUAAUUGUUACUUUCUUAUUGGAUCAUGAGACAAGCAGAAAUUUAACAACUAAAUAUAUAUAUAUAUAUUUAAAUGCCACCGGAAAAGUACAUUUGUACCUAUUUUUUGUGUACAUCUUGUAGAUGUUUAAAUAAGACAAAACAAAGGAUUGCCAUGACUUCAGUACUGAAGUGCCACAAUCAGCAAUUGUGAUUGUGUUGAACUUGGCAGGCCUUGCACUUCUUUGAGGGGUACAAGUGCACUGGUACCUCCUUUCAUGCACGAGUGUCCUUUGUCUUGUGUUUUCAUUGUGUCGGUGUGUUGACGUGAUGUGUUCUGGUGACAAUUUCCUCGUAAAUCACAUGAUUUCAUGUUAAAAUUGGACUAAUUUGAAAACAUGAAGAACUGUCAGAAAGCCCAGAACAACAAUGAAAAAGCGGUAUUUUGCAAUGAUUUCUUACUAAAUUAUAGUUAAAAUAUAUGUUUUCUUUUGAUUUGUUACAUCUAAUUUUAUUUCUAGGUUCUCCUCAUCAAAUUUCAUUUCAAUGACAGCAGCAUAUAUUUAUAUUUAACUUGUGGCUUAAUUGUCCUUCCCGUCCAUUAUCUUUUCUCUUUCAGGAUUCCUCUUGUGUCUACAUAGUCUGUUUAAACAGUGCAUGAAAAACAUUUACAUCCUCCCAAACGCAAUGUUUUGCCAUCUUUUUUUUUUUUGGUCUAAUUUGACAGUGUUUUUGUUGCAUAAUUCCAGUCAUGUUAUCUCUCUUUAUAAUUUAACAGCAAACAGUUUACUAAAAAGUAUGCUGAAUUUGGAAGCACUGAAUUGCUCCUGUCAAGUUUUCAAAAAGAAUACAUUUUUCAGUCAGUCUUUGAAACUCCUGCAGGAUAUGAUGAAUUAACACUUAAUGUAAAUAAAAAGAUGUACAUACUAUUUAAUUGUAACAAACGUUUGCUGUCGUCAUGUUUACACCAUGGUCUUGUAGAUAUUUUUUCAGUGAUUAUCUGGUGCAGUAGAUAUUUUCAAAUUGCGUUCUUGAAUGUUCAAGUGGUUUGUUUUUAUUCCAGACAAAAAUGAGCCUGUGAAGAGAUACUGAUUUACCUUAUUGCCAUCAUUCAUUUAUUAUUUUGUAUAAUAAUUAUUAUUGAGCAUGUCAUUAAAUGGACCUAUGAUAUGAUUAAAUGAAAUACAUGUGAUUAUACAAUUGUAGUGGGAGUUGUGUUUUUAAAA